UACACAUCUAAUGCACUUCUCUUCGAGAUCCGAAAUUGCAAUGCAAUUUUUGGGUAUAAAUACGCGCUCUUGCACCGACUAAAAUCAAUCUAAGGUUUUAGUUCAAACAAUUCAGACAUGGCAUUCAAAUUGGUCUUGUUAGCUGCUAUCAUUGCCGUCAGUCAGGCAGUAGUUAUCCCAGGUGCCGGUGUUGUUGCUGCACCAGCCUAUGGAGCAUAUCCAGGUCUCGGCUAUCCAGGUGUUGCCAAGGUUGCAGCUCCAUACGUUGCCAAGGCCGUCGUUCAAGGUGAUGACUAUGAUCCAAACCCACAAUACAGCUACAGCUAUGACAUUCAUGAUGCUUUGACCGGAGAUGCCAAGAGCCAACAAGAAAGCCGCUCAGGAGAUGUCGUUCAAGGAUCAUACUCAUUGGUUGAACCAGAUGGCACCCGUCGUAUUGUCGAAUACACAGCUGAUCCAGUCCAAGGAUUCAACGCCGUUGUACACAAAGAACCAGCAGCCACUAAAGCCAUUGUUGCCGCUCCAGCCAUCGCUAAAGUUGGUGUAGCUCCCGUUCUAGGUGCUCCAGCUAUCGCUAAAGUCGGAUAUGCUGCACCAGCCUUUGCUGCACCAGCCUACGCUGCUGCACCAGCCUAUGCUCACGGUGCAUACCCAGCUGUCGCUCGUCCAUACGGUGUGGCCGCAGGAUUUGCUUACCACUAAAUCGAUCAUUCAACUACGCAACAUCACGAAAAAAAAUUAAUACGAAACACAAAAAAAAUGUAAAUAUGAUAUCAAAUGUCAUUUACCACAUGUCACCUCUAUCGCUUUAAACACAAAAAAAUACCAAUCUCCACUUUCUUCCUAAAAAAAGCACGACUUUUGCUUGGUCGAAAUCAAAUUCUCUUAAUAUUUUUACGAGUAUAUUAUGUAACUAUGUAAUUUCAUUAUCGUCAUCAAGCAACACAAAAAACAACUGCCAUCUCAGCACCAACACAGCGUGAGUGUGUGUGUGUGUGCCUGCGUUAGACGAUCGAACGAGAGCCACACACACUAAAAAUCGAUCGAAAACCACGACAAUAAUUGUGAAACUAUCUUGAAUUGUAAAUAUAAAUAAUCCUUGGAAUUCAUUUGAUCACAAUAAAAACGACACGAAAAAGGAAAUGUGUUUACAAACACCCAUAAAAAACAAA